UCUGCUUCCUGAAGAUUAGAGACACCAACACAGCUCUACACCAAGAUAUAAUACAGAUGUAUUAUUUUUCCAGCAUAGUCUUCACUAGCUUGAGUAGUGAGCUGAAACACGAUUGCUGCUCUGAAAAAGAAAUGCUUUGGCUAAGUACCAUGUGCAGCUACCUGUACAUACACAGUAGCCCCAGUAAGAUGCAAGCUGUAAAUAAUUUACCUGUGCAGAAUGAUUAAAUAAUUCAAGUGCUGAAUUAGCUACAUGUGUAAAACUAUGUUUUCCUCACAGUAAAAGAAAGGCAGAAAAGUUAGAGCUAAGCCAAGGGAAGGAACAGCUAAUGUAAUAUCUGUCAGUAAAUAUGAUGAAGGUAAAGUAUUUUCCGCGGCUGUUUCUGUGUGGUAUAGCCAGCCGCACCGCUCCUUCAUAUUGAUUUCCUGUGCAGGAUAUUACUGCACAGUCCAGGUCCCGUUCUGAUAAAAUAAUAUAAGACACAUUUUCUAGCUACUGUAUUUGCCUAGAAGUGUGUGAUGGGGAGGGGAAGGGAUGCACGACUGCAAACCCAGAUGGUGUUUGUUUCGUUUUCAGAGAUCAGGAGACGUAUUCAGUUCCAUAACACUGGCUUCGUGAGCACAGUCUUCGGGAGGUGUGGUGGUAUUUUUGUCAGAAAAUAGCCCCCAAUUGGAAAGAGCCGAUGCAAUGAGGCUGUGUUUUUAUGAUGGGUUCGCUUUCAUCUGAACGUGCCUCUCAGUUCUAUAAAUAAACCUCAUGCUGCUGCUGGCAGGCCUGGGGUGAGACAUGGCUGAACCACGGCGGGAAAGCACCAGCAGCCUGCAGAGGAAGAAACCUCCCUGGCUCAGGCUGGACAUUCCCACAGCUCAGAUGUCACUAGACGAGCCUCCUACUUUUGUUCAGCCGGUGAAGAGGCAGGGGUUCCUCCGCAGCGUCAGCAUGCCGGUGGAGCCUUCACACUUCCAGUCUCCACCACGUGACCUGUUUGACACCCGGCGGCCUGUCUUUCAGCGCCAGUCAUCCAUUACUCAGACCAUAAAGAGCAGCAGGAGAGUGCACUUUGAAAGGAUUAACACUGUGCCCGUUAAGGGGCACCGGGCUGCACGGCGCAGCACCAGGAAGCACCAUUCCCUCUCCAGAACUCUGCUCAGGGGGACAGCAGACUGGUUUGGGGUCAGUAAGGACGGAGACACCACCCAGAAAUGGCAGAGGAAAAGCCUGCGACACUGCAGCAUGCGCUAUGGAAAGCUGAAACCACAGGUGAUCCGGGAGAUGGAUCUGCCGAGCCAGGACAACAUCUCCUUGACCAGCACUGAGACCCCCCCACCUCUCUAUGUGCCCUCCUCACAACAUGGAAUGCAGAAGAUUGUGGACCCGUUGGCGCGUGGAAGAGCCUUUCGAAUGGUGGAGGAAGUGGAUGGCUACAGCGUGCCUCAGACCCCCAUCACUCCGGGAGCUGCGUCCCUCUGCUCCUUCACCAGCUCCCGCUCAGGUCUCAACCGGCUGCCUCGCCGACGCAAGAGGGAAUCUGUGGCAAAGAUGAGCUUCAGGGCCGCAGCAGCACUGGUCAAGGGACGCUCGCUACGAGAGAGCACUUUGAAACGGGCUCAGAGGCGGAGCUUCACCCCGGCCAGCUUCAUGGAGGAAGACGUGGUUGACUUUGCUGAUGAGCUGGACACAUCUUUCUUUGCCAGAGACAUCAUGAUGCACGAGGAAUUGUCCACAUACGCAGACGAGGUGUUCGAGUCUCCAUCUGAGAUGGCCAUCAAAGAGACAGACCCCGACUCCAAGAAGGAUGAGAAGGAGCUGACGGGCAGCGCCUUGGACAAGACCGAGCUGGAGAGAAGUCACCUCAUGCUACCUCUGGAAAGAGGAUGGCGUAAAGCCAAAGAAGGAACUCCAGGACCACCAAAGGUGCCGUUGCGUCAGGAGGUGGUGAGUGUUCAUGGACAGCGGCGUGGACAGCGCAUCGUUGUACCUGUCAAGAAGCUCUUUGCCCGAGAAAAGAGGCCUUAUGGUUUGGGCAUGGUAGGAAAGCUCACCAACCGCACCUACCGCAAGAGAAUCGACAGCUAUGUCAAGAGACAGAUCGAGGACAUGGACGACCACAGGCCUUUUUUUACGUACUGGAUCAUCUUUGUCCACUUACUCAUCACUAUAUUGGCUGUAUGCAUCUACGGGAUCGCACCAGUGGGCUUUUCUCAGCAUGAAACUGUAGAUUCUGUUUUAAGAAACAAAGGAGUGUAUGAAAAUGUCAAGUUUGUGCAGCAGGAGAACUUUUGGAUCGGGCCCAGUUCAGAAGCCCUGAUCCACUUGGGGGCCAAAUAUUCUCCAUGCAUGCGACAAGACAAGCAGGUGCACAAUCUCAUCAGGGAAAAGAGAGCUGUUGAACGCAACUCUGCCUGCUGUGUUCGGAACGAUCGCUCUGGCUGCGUCCAGACUUCAGAGGAGGAAUGCUCGAGUACUCUAGCUGAGUGGGUGAAGUGGCCGAAGCAUCCCAGCACUCCCCAGUUAAAUGGUAAAGACAGGCAGUACGGCUCCGUGUGCCACCAGGACCCAAGGAUAUGUUUGGAGCCUGCGUCGGUGUCGCCUCACGAAUGGCCUGAUGACAUAACAAAGUGGCCUAUUUGUACCAGGUACAACACAGGAAACCACACCAACCUGCCUCACAUAGACUGCACCAUCACAGGCCGACCCUGCUGCAUCGGAACCAAAGGGAGGUGUGAAAUCACAUCCAGGGAAUAUUGUGACUUCAUGAAGGGCUACUUUCACGAGGAGGCGACGCUCUGCUCUCAAGUGCAUUGCAUGGACGAUGUCUGUGGACUGCUGCCUUUCCUCAACCCGCUGAUUCCAGAUCAGUUUUACAGACUCUGGCUCUCUCUCUUCCUGCACGCAGGGAUCCUUCACUGCCUGGUUUCGGUGGCGUUCCAGAUGACUAUCCUGAGAGAUUUGGAGAAACUGGCAGGCUGGCUGCGCAUCUCAAUUAUUUACAUCCUCAGUGGCAUCACUGGGAACUUGGCUUCAGCCAUCUUCCUGCCCUACAGAGCCGAGGUGGGCCCAGCAGGCUCUCAGUUUGGGAUCCUGGCCUGCUUGUUUGUGGAGUUGUUUCAGAGCUGGCAGAUCCUGGCUCAGCCCUGGAGGGCCUUCACCAAGCUGCUGUGUGUGGUGCUUUUCCUCUUUGCCUUUGGACUGCUACCAUGGAUCGACAACUUUGCCCAUAUUUGUGGCUUCAUCUCCGGCUUCUUCCUGUCCUUCGCCUUCCUUCCCUACGUCAGCUUCGGCCGCAUGGACCUGUACCGCAAACGCUGCCAGAUCAUCGUCUUCCUGCUGGUGUUUGUUGGUCUGUUUUCAGGCCUUGUGGUGCUCUUUUACGUCUACCCAAUCAAGUGCGAAUGGUGCGAACUGCUCACCUGCAUCCCCUUCACAGACAAGUUUUGUGAGAAGUAUGACCUGAACGCUCACCUACACUGAAGCAGAGGCGCGGGGUGAGUGGAAACAAGAUGGAGGAGUGUUUUCUCUGUGAACGAAAAUGGUUGUUUUCUUUUACUGUGUUAUGGAUACCUGUACUCCUCAUAAGGACUUCCUUUACUUUCCUGUUUACAGGCAGCCGUUGUCAGUCCUUUACUGUCUAGUGAAACAAAGCUAUGGCCCUUCAGUAACUCAUCACGGUUUAACUUUACUAGAGAGGCAGCGCUGGUACAAGGAGGAUCCUUUUCUACAUUCACAAUCUGAGAAAACUACAUUUUUCUGAUGAUUCAGGCAACCUCACAGCAGAAGCAGGGACAAAACUCUUUAUACCUUUGGUGCCUUCUUGAUAAAUGUUCCAACUACUGCCAUAUUUUUGUUACAUUAUGCUGAGCACUCGAAUGUUUCCUUUGUUUAUUGCUUCUCGAGAAGUGAUUAUUGUUUUGGUCACGGUAGUGUUUUAGCUACCCGUCUACACUCGUGUAACUGAAAACAGUAAAGAAAAAACCCUGAAAAA